GAUUAUGGAGAAGAAACUCCUGCUUAUGAUGUUCUGAAGGAAUAUCUUAAGCAGUCAAGAGAACCUUGAAUUUAACUUUGUAUUGUCCUAUCCAUUAAAAAAAUGACACUAAUAUUGUUUUAUUUCUACAAAUAUCUUCCUAUUGUUUUCCUUUGAAUUUUUUGAAAGUUAAAUUGCUUCUGCAUUUACAAUUUUGUCACAUAUUGGUUUGUGAGUAGUCCAGUUUUUAACCUGACAUUCCCUGUAAAUGAUAAAAGUAUUUAUUUUUUAUCAUAAAAAACUUAUGGAAUAUAACUGUAUUAAAAUUUGAUUUACCUGCCGCAAAACCAGUAUGUUUUACAUCGAGAACAUCGUUUUGGAGCUGGAUCUCCGCAAACCACACAGGACCGGGCAUCUGGAGCCAAAGCUUCCAGUGUGUCCAAGUCAAAGGUUGCCUUCAAUCUGGAAAGGGAAAAAAACACCCUGAAGUGUCAGUGAAACUAGCUUUACAAUAUUAGUAUUUUCCUCCUGAUUUGACAUAAAUGAUGUAAUUAUUUUCUUGUUCUCUUAAUGGUCUUCAGAAUAUUGGUAAUGCAGGAUCUGGAUGACACACAGGAUGAUCAUACUGGAAACAGUUCCAAAGACCUAUCACAUGCAGGUGCAUUUUUGCUUCAGUAAAAAGAGAAAGUUGUCAAAUAGACUUCAGAAAAUGGUUUUGUUUAAAUUAUUUUUAAGGCAUCUUGUAAUGUACAUAUCACAUUAAAACCGGAUUUUGCCUUAGUUUUUCUGUAGCCAUAAGAGUAGUUUUAUUUUUAUUAAUUGAUUUAGUUAUAAGUAGUACUUAAAUAGCAAGGAUAACUAAUUUAAUGCAGGGGAAACUUUGUUGAGAAAAUGUUCAGGUGGUUAGUGGGAACCCUGUUGUGGAACACAACUUGCAAUUUUUCAAGAAAUGUUAUAAGCAAAAUUGGAAUAAUGAUUUAAAAUUAAAAUACUUUCAGAAGGUUUAGGUUGAAAUGUCACAUGCAAUGGUAGAACACUAGCACAAAACACAUUGGAUUUUUGUUCCUGACCAGAAUCUUGUGCAAAGGGUGAAAACGUUCAAUGCUAAAGAAAUUUGUUCACCAUAUUAAUAAUUUCUUUAAAUAUCUGGUACCUGUUGGCUACUUCUAUCAUUUGAUCUUCUUUAUUAAAGAAGGCGUCCAUUUGUUGCUGAAUUAUUUUUGUCCACUUUCCUUUGUUCUGUCUCAAUAUGUUUUGUCUAAUCUGAAAAUAAAAAAUCCUUUGUAAUUAAUCUUUAUUACAUAAAUUGAGAAUGCAGGAAAUUGUUGCAACAGUUAUACCUCAUGUGUUGUACCUUGAACCUUACAAUUUAAAAUGAGAUUAAAUUCAAAUAAUAAAUCAGUAUUAAAUAGCAACAGUCGGUUCAGUUUCUCUGGCAAUGUUGAAUCGAGGGAGGUGCCUUCCCCCGCCCGUGUUUGUCUACCACUUGUCAAUAGUGUCAUGUGUAAGCAUGUGAACCUGGGAGGUGAUCGUAGUCCUCUUAUGCUGGCGCGUGAUAUCCAGUGCCAACCUACAUGGCUUCUAGGGUUGUCCCCAGCAGGGCCUUGCCCUCAAACGAAACGAUUUUCGAGGUAUCAGCAUGUGUGGUUGGGCAGUGUAUGUGGAAAAGAGGAAAAAUAUGUGCAUGGUCCAUGAAACGUUUGUUGAGAAUAUGACUCCGUCUGGUAUUGCAUUGAUCUGACAAACUACUGAUUAGAGCGGCUGAUUGAUUUCUCCCUUU